AUGUCUUCCACAGAAGAGUCGCCGGCUCAACGAGCAGCCAGGCUGCGUCGUGAGCGCCGUGAGGCCAAAAUCCGGGAAGGUGGUGCAGCACGCUUGGACAAGAUUACAAGCUUGAGCGGACGGACACCACAAAGUGCUCGCGAAGAAUCGUUCUCCGCCUCGUCACUCUCACACUCACCUUCCCCCCAGCCUCCUGCCCCUGUCUCCGUCGCCGAAACAGGGGCACCCCCUCAGACACAACCAGCAUCCGUCCGACCAACUACCAGCGUUGAGGAUCAAACCCCUGAAGACCUCCAAGCACAACAGGAGUAUAUCCGGGCCCUCCUGCGCCAGAACGCCCCGCCUGUAGCCCAGGAAGCCCCCGAUGAAGACCCCACAAUGAAGCUGCUCAACUCCCUAAUGGCGGGUGGAAUGCCAGGGCUGGACCAAGGCGCGGGCGGGCCCGGAGUCUCACAAGCAGAACUGGCAUCCGCGCUCGGCCUCCCACCAUUCGUCUCGAGCAUGCUCGCCGCAGCGACACGGCCCAAAACGGACGAGGAGAAGCGGGAGAUCUGGAUGUGGAAAGUGCUUCACGUACUCUUCUCCGUUGUCAUAGGGGUUUACUUCCUCGUGGCUAUCAGCGCGUCUGUCGCGACCUAUGGAAGCCAGCCGCCGCCGCCUGCGACGGCCCGGAACCCAUUCGUUCUCUUCACAACGGGGGAGAUGGUGCUGAGCGGGGCGAGGAUAAUGCUAAGGAGUAGGGGCGGGGGCCUGGCUGGGCCAGGGCUGUGGAUUCAACUAUUCAGGGAUGUUAUCCAGGACGGCAGCAUAGUGUUAUUCUUACUUGGGAUGAGCGCUUGGUGGCAUCAAGAUUGGCUGGCUUCUUAG